CCUCCCUCCCUCUAGGUGUGCCCAUCAGAAUCACAGUCAUAACGAGGGAGGGAGCGACCCGCCUGCCCCCGGCUGCCCCAAGGAUGCUGCUGCGGUGCCGCUGGGACUGAGAUCGCAGCCGAGGCUCGCUCUGUCUCUCUCCCCCUCUUCCUUCCCCGCAGAGGGUGAGGCCCUUCCUCUCGCACUCUUCCUCCUCCUCCUCCUCUCCAUGAUGCAGGCUCGCUAUUCCGUCUCGGACCCCAACGCUUUGGGAGUGGUGCCCUAUUUAAGCGAGCAGAACUACUACCGGACGGCGGGGACUUACGGCGGCAUGGGCAACCCCAUGAGCGUGUAUUCAGGCCAUGCCGAGCAGUACGCGGCGGGCAUGGGGCGAUCCUACGGCCCCUACCACCCGCACCAACCCGCCGCCCCCAAGGACCUGGUGAAGCCGCCCUACAGCUACAUCGCCCUCAUCACUAUGGCCAUCCAGAACGCCCCCGACAAGAAGAUCACGCUCAAUGGGAUUUACCAGUUCAUCAUGGACCGUUUCCCCUUCUACCGCGAGAACAAGCAGGGCUGGCAGAACAGCAUCCGUCACAACCUGUCUCUCAACGAGUGCUUCGUCAAGGUGCCCCGCGACGACAAGAAGCCGGGCAAGGGCAGCUACUGGACUCUGGACCCCGAUUCCUAUAACAUGUUCGAAAACGGCAGCUUUCUGCGGCGCCGGAGACGCUUCAAAAAGAAGGACGUCUCCAAAGAGAAGGAGGAGGCCCGGGAGCGGCUGCUGAAGGAGCAGCCCAAACCCCCCGGGCUAUCCGGCGCCGACCUCCCCAAGGAAGCUUCUUCUUCGUCCUCUUCCUCCUCGGCCUCCGAGAAAAAAGUGGUGAUCAAGAGCGAGACGGCGUCCCCGGAGCUGCGGUGAUCACCAAAGUGGAGACGCUGAAGCCCGGGGAGCGGCGGGGGACUCCGGGACAGCCCCCGAAGCGCCGCAUCGCCUCCCGCCGCCUCCCCCGAAGGUUCGCUGCCCGAGCAGCACCCGGCCGGAAUGGGUUUGCCGGGCUUCAGCGUGGAGAACAUCAUGACCCUGCGGACAUCCCCCGCGGGGGACCUGAGCCCGGGGAGUGCCGCCUCGGGCAGGACGGGGACCGGCAUGCCGCUGGUUUACCCCACGUCGGGGCAGCCGUCGGGUUACAGCGCGGCGUGCAGCCAGGCGCUGGACACUAGUGGGAGCUACCACUGCAGCAUGCGGGCCAUGAGCCUGUACAGCGGCGAGAGGCCGGGCCACAUGUGCGUGCCCCCCGCGGCGCUGGAGGAAGGUUUGGCCGAGCAUCCCACCGGCGCCCCGUCGCCCCUCGGGGCCCUCAGCCUGCCGUCUGGGCAAGAGGGAGCUUUGGGAGCCGGGCAUCCGCACGGAGGAACUGCGGCGGGGCAAUCCGCAGCCUCGUGGUACCUCAAUCACGGAGCCGAGCUGAGCCACCUGCCCGGUCACACGUUCGGGUCUCAGCAGCAGACUUUCCCUAACGUGCGGGAAAUGUUCACGUCGCAUCGGUUGGGGAUGGAGAGCGAACAUCAGGUGAGCAGCAACUCCGCCUGUCAGAUUCCCUACAGGUCCGCGCCUUCCCUAUAUCGGCACGCCGCCCCCUAUUCUUACGACUGCACUAAGUACUGAUUAGCUCCCCCCCCCUCCUCAACCUCCCAUCCUUCUCCUAGAGCCAUCCGCCAAAAAAAAAAAAAUAAUAAUAAAAAAAAAAAAUUAAAAAAUAAUAAAAAAGCAAUAAAAAAUUAAAAGGAAAAAAAAAAUCAAUAGCUAAAAAAAAAAAAAGUAGCAAUCAGGUGGAAUAAAACCGCAUCAAACCCUUCAAACCGAGGGGGGAAAAAAUAAUCAAAGCAUCAAACGUAAAGCCUCUCCGUGGAGCUGUGGGACAUGGGGGUGCAGAUCCCAAGUUGUGCGUCCCAUCCUCCCCCCCUCUCCCCUCCCCAUUUCGGGCCUCCUGAAAUUCUGGGCAAGUAAAUCCUACUUGAAAAGGGGACGUGUCCUAAAAAAGAGAGAGAAAAAAAGAAAAAGAAAAAAAAAAAGAAUAAUUAAAAAAAAAUUUUAUAUAUAUAUAUAUAUGUCUAUGUAAACAAAGUGGCAAAUUUUAUAUGCUAAAGUAUAGGGGGGUGUCGGAAAAAAAUAAGUUAUGGACCAAUAUCACAACGACCAUUUAUACAAUUUUUUUUUUUUAAAGAAGUAUAUAAAUAUAUAUAUAUAUAAAUAUAUGUCCUGGGUAUUUUUUAAAGUUCUCUGUUGUGCUGUAAAAAAUGUGUGGAUUUCUAAUCAGGCUGAUUUUUUUUCAGAGCCAUUAAUAUAAUAUUUAAAGUUGAGUUCACUGGAUUAUUUUUUGUCUCGCCCGAUGAUUUCUGACUUCCAAAUUGAUGACGAGUGAGUUUCUCUUCUUCUCCUUCCGUGUACAAUUAUGCCAUAGAGUUUCUUUCAUUUUAGAGCUGUUCUUUGAGCAAGACGAGGAAAUAAUUUAUUAUUAUUAUUAUUAUUAUUUUGCUAGUGGAUUUUUGAAAGGAAAACAAACAAACAAACUAAGCACCAAAGUAUCUGAUACUUCCUUUCUUUUUAAUUAUUAUUAUUAUUAUUUACGACGCGUGAUGUUUUUGUAUAAUAGAUCUCACCUUGACCGUUCCUAAGGACUGUUUUGCUUUAAUCUGCUUCGAAGUUCGUUUGUCUUUAUGUGGUCUUCAUUGUUGUACUUACCUUAAAAUAAACCCGUGCUGUUUUGUUC